AUGAAUGACCCUUUUCACCAUUCGCUGCUAAGUGUCCAGACAUACAAGACGGAGGAGUUUGCCAAGCAAAUAGGGAUGAACACCUCAAAUGCAUUCGGCAUUGUUCAAGCUAUUGUGGACUUGGUGAUGCAGUAUAAGGCUCCUGGAGCGGAGGAAGAGGAGGAGGACGGAGCAUCGUCGUUUGCUGGGAAAUUCCUGCUUCUUAAGGAGCCGUCCAAGAGCAUGAUCCGACUUUAUGCGGUACCAUGGGAGGAGUUUGAAGAGUCGGACGAAGAGGAAGAGGAGGAAUUGUCAGAUGAAGAGGAUGAGGAGGAAGAGUUGUAA